UUUUUCACUCACGCGCCCCGCUGUGUUUAAUGCAGUGGCGGUGACGUGGCAGACACGUGACCUGACGUCACGCCGCCGUGCGCUUCUGGAUUUGGCUGAAGAAGAUGGCGGCCUCCUCAGGAGUUAAAGUUCCACGCAAUUUUCGUUUGUUGGAGGAGCUGGAAGAAGGCCAGAAGGGGGUCGGCGAUGGCACGGUGAGCUGGGGCCUGGAGGACGACGAGGACAUGACCUUAACACGGUGGACGGGAAUGAUCAUCGGACCUGCACGAACUAAUUACGAAAACAGGAUAUACAGCCUGAAAGUGGAGUGCGGCCCUAAGUAUCCUGAAGCACCACCGACUGUUAGAUUUGUAACAAAAAUUAGCAUGAAUGGAAUAAAUAAUUCCAAUGGGAUGGUGGAUGCACGUAGCAUACCAAUUCUAGCAAAAUGGCAAAAUUCAUAUAGCAUUAAAGUCGUUCUUCAAGAGCUACGGCGUCUAAUGAUGUCCAAAGAGAAUAUGAAGCUUCCUCAACCGCCUGAAGGACAGACGUACAGCAAUUAAUUGUAAAUGAUUGUUUUUGACCAUCUGUCUUAAAAACAAAAAAACAACAAAAAAAAAAACCCAACCUUACUCUAUUAGUCUCAUGUCAUCGGAGAUAGAGAAAGGAAAAAAAUACCCUGUAAAUUUGUUCAGUCUGCACAUGAACAGACAUCAUUGCAAGGGCACGAUUGGAUGUUUCAAAAUAGUUUAGCUUCUCAGAGAAAAAGGAACGAAGAGAAAACAUGAGUGGCCGUGUGAAAUUCUUUUACAAUUGAGUGCACAAAUUUUUCUCCUCCAGUAAUGUUAUGUCGAGCUUUAUUGUUUCGGUAUUUUUUUUUCCCCCACAUAGCCACAAAAAAAAAAAAAAAAAGGCAAGAUGGAAGUUUUUAAGUUAAAGUAAACUGGUGGUAAAAAUAACUUGACUAUAAAGAUGCCUAUAUGAUAUGACAGCAUGAUUAGUCGGGAGGGGAAAAAAAAAACCAUCAGCGUAAUAAAUUAUCUGAAUGAUAGACGCCUUCGUGACGAUUAUACUAAA